CAAAAAAAAAGUGAAAGCAAUCUCAACACUACACUACCAGUAACAGUGCAAAAGGUAAACCAAGAGACAAAUAGCAAUGGAAUCGGACUUUGGGAUACCAAGAGAACUCUCCGGUCUGCAAAAACUUCGAUCUCUCUACCAACCGGAGCUUCCUCCGUGUCUUAAGGGAACUACUGUCGGGGUAGAAUUUGGUGAUGCAACUACAGCUGCUGACCCCUCUGGUGCCCACACCAUAAGUCGAACAUUUCCACAUACAUACGGUCAACCUUUGGCUCAUUUUCUUAAAGCAACUGCAAAGGUCCCCAAUGCCCAGAUAAUUUCUGAGCAUCCAGCAAUUAGGGUGGGAGUAGUCUUCUGCGGUAGACAGUCUUCUCCUGGAGGACAUAAUGUUAUAUGGGGUCUCCACAAUGCUCUCAAAAUUCACAAUCCCUACAGCAUUUUACUUGGAUUUUUGGGUGGUUCUGAAGGUUUAUUUGCGCAGAAAACUCUUGAGAUCACAGAUGACAUUCUUGCAACCUACAAAAACCAAGGUGGCUAUGAUUUGCUGGGACAAACACAAGAUCAAAUAAGAACAACUGAGCAAGUUAACGCUGCAUUGGUCGCAUCCAAUACUUUGAAGUUGGAUGGCCUUGUCAUUUUUGGAGGGGUAACAUCAAACACAGAUGCUGCUCAGCUUGCAGAGACAUUUGCUGAAGCAAAAUGUCCAACGAAGGUGGUUGGCGUUCCCGUUACUUUAAAUGGAGAUCUCAAGAAUCAAUUUGUUGAAACAAAUGUUGGCUUUGAUACAAUCUGUAAGGUUAAUUCCCAGCUCAUUAGCAACGUCUGCACUGAUGCUCUCUCUGCAGAGAAGUAUUAUUAUUUUAUCCGACUCAUGGGUCAGAAGGCAUCACAUGUUGCUUUGGAAUGCACACUCCAGUCUCAUCCAAAUUUGGUCAUUCUGGGCGAAGAGGUUGGUGCAUCAAAGCUUACUCUUUUUGACUUGACAAAACUAAUUUGUGAUGCUGUGCAAGCUAGGGCAGAACAAGACAAGUACCAUGGGGUCAUCCUACUGCCAGAGGGGCUUAUAGAAAGCAUUCCUGAAGUGUAUGCUCUCUUACAGGAAAUUCAUGGUUUACUCAAAAAAGGUGUUUCUGUGGACAACAUUUCUUCUAAACUGUCACCUUGGGCAUCUGCUUUAUUCGAAUUUUUGCCACCCUUUAUUAGAAAACAGCUUCUCCUCCACCCGGAAUCUGAUGACUCUGCACAGUUAUCCCAGAUUGAGACGGAAAAACUUUUAGCUCAUCUUGUGGAAGCAGAAAUGAACAAGCGAUUGAAAGAAGGCACAUACAAGGGUAAGAAAUUUAAUGCUAUCUGCCACUUCUUUGGCUAUCAAGCUCGGGGAUCAUUACCAUCAAAGUUUGAUUGUGACUAUGCUUAUGUUCUUGGGCACAUCUCUUACCAUAUUCUUGCAGCUGGUCUAAAUGGUUAUAUGGCAACCGUAACCAACCUAAAAAAUCCUUUAAACAAAUGGCGCUGUGGUGCUGCUCCUAUAACAGACCAGUUAUCGAAGAGGAAGAUUGGAUCGGGACGCCUACAUGAGGGACUCUAUUACCUUCAAUUAGCCUUAGUUUGCUCUGUUCAAAAUUCCACCUCCAAUAAUUUAUGACAUUGUCGAUUAGGACAUGCUUCUACUGAUCGUUUGCAAAUGUUAGCUAAGUAAUUCCCUUUUAUUCGUUGUCCAAAUACUUCUAGUUGCAUUAUCUGCCCGCAAGUUAAGCAAACACGUUUAUGUUUUCCAAAUAGCUCAAUCAAGACUAGUAGACCAUUUCAAAUAAUUCAUUGUGAUAUCUGGGGGCCAUUUUCUCUACCAUCUCAUUCUAAUGCUCGAUUUGUUUUAACUAUAGUUGAUGACUAUAGUCGUGCUACAUGGAUAUAUUUAAUGCAUGUUAAAUCUGAAACUGCAAAAAUCUUACAAUCAUUUUUUGUCAUGGUUCAUACUCAAUUUAGUUCAAAAAUUCAUUCCCUCAUUUCUGGAGUUGGUGAUAUAGAUGAAUACUUCAAUGAUAUUCAAAUUCUUCGAUCCGAUAAUGGAACCGAGUUCUUAUCCCACACCAUGCAACAUUUUUUUACCACCCAUGGCGUCAUCCAUCAACGCAGUUGCGUUGUUACACCACAACAAAAUGGUGUUGUGGAGAGAAAACACCGUCACCUACUCAAUGUUGCACGUGCCAUACGUUUUCAGGCCCAUCUUCCAUUAUCUUUUUGGGGUGAGUGUGUUUUCACUGCAGCCUAUAUAAUUAACAAAACUCCCACCCCUUUGUUAGGUGGUAAGUCACCACAUGAAAUACUAUUUCACACACCGCCAAAUUAUUCCAACCUUUGAAUUUUCGGUUGCUUAUGUUUUGGCCGUAAUACCAACAUCAAAACUAAAUUCGAUCAAAGAGGCAAACCGGGUAUUUUUGUUGGAUAUCCCCAUGCUCAAAAAGGGUAUCGCAUUUUCGAUAUUGUUUCUAAGCACAUUUACACAUCUCGUGAUGUGAUCUUUCAUUAGACCACUUUUCCUUAUCAAGAUAUUUCUGCCUCUCCAUCCGACUUGCAAGUUUACCCUUUACCCGUCCUUGACAAAUGGCACAUUCAAUUAUGCACCUUCUCCACUAGCAGUUUCAGAAUUAUCUCCUAUUCAUAUAGAUUCCAACUCAUCUGCCCAAGUCAUCCCAUAGUCUCCUAUUGCAAACCAACCCCAUCAGGUUCCACCAUUACAAGUAUAUCAUCGUCGUCAUCCUUCCACACAACCCACAAUCUUACCCAAUGAAAAUCCAGAGUCAACUUCAGCACCACAACCCGUUGUUCCUAACUCAUCUCGGCCAUCGAGAGAGCGACACCCAUCGCUCCAUCUCAAAGAUUUUCAUUGCUCAGACUCUCAGGUAACUACAAGUUCUACUCCAUAUCCUAUUACUUUGUAUGUUUCCGACACUAAUUUCUCUGUCCCACAGAGCUUUUUUAUCUACAGUGUCUUCUACAGUUGAACCAAAAUCAUUCUCUCAAGCUGUCAAACUUCCACAAUGGAGAGAUGCAAUGUCUGCCGAAAUUGCAUUAUUAGAAAAAAAUCAUACCUGGACUCUUGCUCCUUUGCCCUUUUACAUCACAAGCCUAUCGGCUGUAAAUGGGUUUUUAAGAUCAAGUAUCAUUCAGAUGGUUCCAUUGAACGUUACAAGGCCCGUUUGGUCGCUAAAGGAUAAAAUCAGAUUGAGGGCCAAGAUUACCAUGAUACCUUUGCUCCUGUGGCUAAAUUAGUCACUGUUCGCUUGCUUCUUUCCAUUGCUACUAUGAUUACUAUCAGAAAUUGGUCCAUUCAUCAAUUGGACGUCCAUAAUGCAUUCCUACAAGGGGAUUUAGAUGAGACGGUUUACAUGACUUUACCCCCGGGAUUCACCAAACAGGGGGAGCAAAGGGUAUGUAGACUCAAUAAAAUACUUGUAUGGACUUAAACAAGCUUCUUGGCAAUGGUUUGCCAAAUUCUCUACAACAUUGAUCAAUGCAGGGUUCUCUCAAUCUAAAUCUGACUAUUCUUUAUUUACUCAGAUUAAUGGUUCUAAUUCCACAUUUGUGCUCGUUUAUGUUGAUGACAUUCUUGUCACAGGAAAUAAUCCUCUCAUUAUUUAGAAAUUGAAACAAUUUCUAGAACGCAAAUAUUUCCUUGGCAUCGAAGUAGCCCGCUCUAAGAAAGGCCUCUUCCUUAUCCAACGCAAAUAUACCACCGACAUUUUAUCCGAUGUUGGAACCACAGGUGGUCGGAUUUCUGAGUUUCCUAUCGAACAUCUCAAUCUCGCUACAGAGGUUGGCACAUUAUUACCAGACCCUACAAUUUACCGUCGUCUUGUGGGUCGUCUUCUUUAUCUUACUGUCACACCACCAGAUAUCACCUUUGCUGUCAAUCAACUCAGCCAAUUCAUGCAAUCCCCAUGUACUACACACAUGGAUGCUGCUAAUCGUGUACUUCGUUACCUCAAAGGUUCUCUCAACAAAGGUAUACUAUUAUUUGCUUCUAACUCUCUCCACAUCACAGGUUUUUGCGAUUCUGACUGGGGCGGCUGCUCCAUCACUCGUCGAUCUACUAGUGGUUAUUGUACUUUCCUUGGUUCUAGCCCUAUCUCAUGGAAGACAAAGAAACAACCAACUGUUUCUAAAUCUUCUGCAGAAGCCGAAUACAGAUCAAUGGCAACCCUUGCAUGUGAACUUCAAUGGUUAAAGUAUCUUCUUGCGGAUUUGGGCAUUUCACAUACAUCUCCGAUGACCAUGUUUUGUGACAAUCAAGCAGCUCUUUACAUCUCUCACAAUCCAGUGUUUCAUGAACGCACAAAGCACAUCGAGAUUGACUGUCGUUUCGUGCGUGAAAAGAUUCAAAACAAAUUAUUGUCUCCUCGAUACAUCCCAUCGUCGUCUCAAGUUGCUGAUAUAUUCACCAAGCCACUUGGAAAGGAUGCUUUCUUCAGACUCAUUCGCAAGAUGGGCGUUCUCGACAUCCACACUCCAUCUUGAGGGGGAGUAUCAGAAUAUCAGUUCCACCACAUUACUUGCUAGUUGUACAUGGCUUUCUUUUAGUCAAAGUUGUUGUUACUGGCUUCCUCAAAUCAAGUAGUUGACCAUGAAUAUCUGAACUAGUUAUUGACCAUGAAUAUCUCAACUUGUUAUUUGUUUCCUUAGAUAGAGGACCUAACUGAGAGAUACUCUCUUGUAAAGUCUAUAUAUACCCUCUUGUAACACAUUGAAUAUAUAUCAGAUUUCUCACAAUAUUUCUCUAUUA